GUCUUCAGUUAGAGGAGUAGACUUUUUAUAGUAGAAAAUAGUUUGUAAUGAGAAAAAUAGGUUUCUGUAUGAUCUUCCAAAACAAAAAUAAAGAGAAUUUAGUUUUUUUUUCACCUGAAUGGGAAGUUUAAAUAAUAAGCAAGGGGUGCUAAUAGUAGGGCCCAUAUACUUUUUUCAGAGCAUGUGUUGUUUGGGUAUUCCGUGAUUUCUGCAAUACAGGAGAGGCAGAGGAGGCUAGCGAGACAACCUCGGCGCGGUUGUGGUCUAACAUCAAACACCCAAGAACUGUUCUCUUCAAACGACGCCGUUACAGCAGAAUCCUUCAACUUUGGUCGCACUCUAAUUCCCGAUAUGCAAUUAGCACAAUGGCGAAACUUGUCGUCUCUAAAGACUCGCGUUAUUCCCUCUCUCUCGCAUUUCUCCGAGUUUCAUUCCACUCCUUGUACCUGUCAAAAUUGGAAGAACAAAUUCAGCUCCCAUAUAGGAAAGGGUCAACAACAACCAUCAAAGAGUCAAAUCAAAUUCAUUACCCGUCAAAAGCGUGCUGAUGCAAAGAAAGCUCUGAAUAGUCUUCUUUACAAUAGUGGAUCCUCUAAAUUUUCAUUUGAGUAUGAAGGCCUAGGUAGGCAUUCCAAUAAAGGUCAAUCAAAGUCUGGUCAGCGGUCUGGUGGAAAACCACAAAAGAAAACUAAACGUGAGUUCUUUUUCAGCUCAAGUUUAUAGUGCAUUUUGUCAUUU